AUGGCGCAACAGUUGGACAACGCCGACACAGAUUCCUGGAACCCGGCAUUACGGCCCGAGAAUGGUCACCCCGCUCACACGCCAUCUGCAACUGAGGGGGGUUUGUCAGAUCUGGUCGCGGCCGAAGAUUCGCAAGGCAAGUUCCCAGCCGAUUUGAUCUCACCACAAAGCGAGGAUUUCUCUGCGUGGGAUAUCUCAGAUGAGUUGGACGCGACUCCUGCCCAAAACUCAAACAUGGAUGAAUUCGCGAACAACACAUCGCCCGUCCUCCCCGGAGUUCCGUCAUCACAGAUCCCUACCUCCGACCAAAGCAGCGAAAUACAAAGUGACAUGACCGAACCAGCUCCCGAGGCUGCUGUAUCGUCCGAGUCUGCCAACGUUGCCCCGGAAUCGACAGCCCCGGAGAGACACAUCGCGGAUCCCGAGCCUCCUCAACCGGAAUUACAUGUAGUUGCUGCCUCGGAGGAACUAGACAAUGGCCUCCCCGCUACUGAAGAUAUCGUUGAGCUAUCUGAACCAUCUUCUACCGAACCAGUGCAGCCGGAUUCAAUGCUGCCUCCUCCGGCGCCAGAAGAAACAGCUGUCUCGGAAAACACAUCUGGCAGAGAAUUUACGCUUUCCCCAGAGGGUCAAACAGCGGAGCAAGAAGGAUUGCCAGAGCACAACCAAGAUACGAGUAACGGCGAGUCGAGUUCUUCGAAACAAUUCUUCCCUGAAAUCGAGGGAGCAAACGCCGACUCCGAAGACCCCUGGGCCUCCUUUGAACAGCAACUAAGCGGCGCAUUACCUUCCGCCGAAUAUGCCCACCAGCCUGAGUUGGAAAAUCUCAAGUCCGACCCUGAAGCCACACUCAGUCCGGCUAUCAACACCCGUGAGCUGGCUUUCGUCCACGAGAACCUACCACAAGCUACAGAAGACUCUGCGAUUGUUGAGACUCCCUACAAGCAAGAAAGCGAUGGUGAACUCCCGAAUGCAGAUGCUGUCUCUUCCAUGGGGCAUCACGCUGAGGUAUCUCCCAUCGCACAAGACAGCCCCUACCCACCUGAGCAUACACCUGUCGACGCAGCCGCGGUGGGGCUGAAGACGACAGGAGACCCACUUGGCUGGGCCAACGAGCUGGGUGGUGGGGAAGAAUCGGAGGAGGCUGGCUUUUUCAGCCAAUUGAACACACAGACCAAACCUAUUUUCCCAGAGGCCGAGUCGAGGUUUGAGGAAGGCGUGCCUUUGUUGGAUGAUUCUGCACCAGCUUCGCCUGAACAGCUUCCGGGGCCAACAUCGUCCAUAGAUAACGUCUUCGCAAAUGACGAUGAUGAUAAUGCUGCCAGCUUCUUCGCUUCUGGGAAUCAACAGGCGGAACAGAGUGAAGGAGAUGACUUCUUUGGUACCGUCGGGAAGGAGCAGGUCGAGGAAGAGCCAAAGGCUCAACUCACUCGAAAGAGCACAACCCAAGUAUUAGAAUCGGCAGGAUUCGACCUUGACUCCCCGGCGAGCGACGCUUCUGCCGCGGCGCAAUUUGAUGAGCUCCUCAAGGGCGUGUCAUCCCAGCCGCCCACAGUGAACGAGCCACAGUCAAUGGCUGAGCCCACAGAGGAAGAGCUAGCAGCACGGUGGGAAGCUGAGCUAGGUGAUUCACCCGACGACGAUCUAGCUGCGCGGUGGGAGGCUGCCUUGGAUGAUGAUGAUAUAUUGCUGGAGACAGAGCCUGCCCAAGCAAUGCCUGCACAGAGUUAUAUUCAGCAAACGCCCGCACCACCUCCAAGUGGGUUGGCCUUGGGGUUGAGUAGUCCGUUUCAGACCCCUCAACCGCAUUCACAGCCAAGACCAGUCCCGGGUGUAUACACGCCCCACCAACCGUCCACGUCGGAUCUUCUUGGGGGAGUAUCUAUGCCUGGGACUGCACCACCAGCAGCUGCCCCCAUGUCGUCAUAUUUCUCUCAAAAACCAGUAAACCCAGUUGCAACCAGGGGUGAGAGUUUCGCAGAACAGUCUAAGCAGGGAUACAAGUCUCCCUAUGACCUUCCGGAUGAUAUUUCGCGACCUCGGAAGCCUGUGGUUACCCACAAGCCUGUUCCCCCACCGGUGAGCAGUAUGCCCCCGCCUCCUCUUCCCGGGGCGUCUGGUAUGCCUCCUCCCCCGGCAAGUGGGUUCCGGCCCCCGUCAGCUCCUUCCCAGGCUGCGGCUGCUCCACCUCCUGCCCCCAAAAACUUCUAUGAAGAGCUUCCCAUGCCACCACCACGGUCUAGACCUGCUAGCUCAGGUCGUUAUACACCAAACCCUGUGGUGGCUCCCACCACAAUGGCACCGCCCCCAAUGCCUCAACAGCCACAAAACCCAUACUCAGCGGUUGGAUCACUAGCUUCGCCCCCUCAGAGCCAAUACCCACCUGCGACCUCAGCUGUGGCUCCUCCAGCCCAAGCAGCGUAUCCUGCUGCACCGCCAGCGACUCAGCCGAUUGAGUUUCCACUCCAAAAUUCGCUCCAACCACCCGAACAAUUGGAUCCGUAUGCUAGUCUGGCUUCAAGUGCACCAGCUGGGCCUCCAUCCAUUUCAAGGUACUCGCCACACCCACCGGGCUCUCAGGCUCCAGUCAAACCACCUUCAUCGUCAAGAUAUUCUCCGGCUCCCCCUUCAAGCUCAGGAGGCCGCAAUAGAUAUGCAUCUCAACCACUGAACGUCCCCGGCCAGAGUCUGCCAUUUCAACCGCGUACAUCAAGCCCCCUUGCAUACCAUGAGAAGGUGUCCUACCAACCUGAUCAGUCACAACAACCGCCUACACUGGGGCCUGCGAUCAACUUGUCACCGCCCCGCUUGCACGGCUCUGGUUUGGAACCCCACUCCCAGCAGCAAACAGGCAGUCCAAUCAACCUAGCACGAAGAGAGUCCGAGAGCUCAUUCGCCCAAGCUUCUCCGCCUCAGGGUCGGUAUGCUCCACAAGAGUACAUCAAUGAGUUUGCCCAGCGUCUUGCACCAAAUUCCAAUUACGCUCCAGUUCCGCCGGCAGCAAAUGCUUCUCUGUCUCCGCCUCCCGCCGAUUCCCAGGCGGGUUUCAUCCGUAGGGCUCAAACUCAAUCACCGGGCCGCGAUGUGUCUAGCCCGCGUGCAUCUGGACCAAGUCUUGACACCAUGCAGCGACCUGCCUCAGUACACGCUUCUGGCUCCCCAACAAAGGUCGCGAAUCCAUAUGCACCUGUUCAAGUGCCCCUGCAAAAUCGCGCUGUUAUGCAGCACCUCGAGUUCAUUGCACCCAACGAUGGCCAGGAGAAUGACCAUCUAGAACGAUGGAAGGGUGCCCCUAUCUUCAAAUUUGGAUUUGGCGGUUCUGUCGUGUCCUGUUUCCCGCGACAUACUCCUCGUUACUCAGCUGGCCAAGUCGCACCAAUGAUUAAACCUACACCUGGCGAAACAAAGAUUUCCCAGCUGAAUGAAUGUCUCCCACCCUUUGACACAAUCGUGCAGCAUCCCGGGCCCUUGAAGAACAAAUCCAAGAAGAAGGAUCUUGUCGCCUGGCUUUCUAGCAGAAUUGCAGCCUUUGAAAAUGUUGGUGUGCCAGGCUUCGACCAAGUCCAAUCUGACACAUUCAAGCGUCACAGCGAGAAGACUCUGCUUUGGAAGGUCAUCAAGCUGUUGGUAGAGAAUGAUGGCAAACUCGAAGGUUCCCCCGAUAUCCAAACCUCGCUUCGCCAGGCUAUUUUCCCAGACUUGCCUGCUGCAGAUGCAGAUGGGUCAUAUGCAAGCACCUUGGAUUCUAAAGGAAUCGGCUUAGCGAAUACGGGAUCUCAGCCUGAUAGCUUUGACACACAGUGGCUCGAGGAACUCCGCCUGCACCUGAUAUCUGGCGAUCGCGAGAAAGCAGUGUGGGGUGCCGUGGAUCGCCGUCUUUGGGGACAUGCGAUGAUCAUCGCAUCCACUAUGGACAAGGCCAUUGGCAAACAGGUGGCACAGGAGUUUAUUCGUCGCGAGGUCAGAUCCAAAAGUGCCAACUCUGACUCGCUUGCCGCACUUUACGAAAUAUUUGCUGGCAAUGUCGAAGAAAGUAUCGAUGAAUUGGUCCCACCUUCUGCUCGGGCGGGCUUGCGGUUGAUAAGCAAGGCGGAUGGCCAGGGCGCUACCAAAAACGCGACCGAAGGACUGGAUAAAUGGAGAGAUACUCUUGGAUUGAUUUUGAGCAACCGAAGCUCAGAGGACCAUCAGGCUCUCAUUGCUCUUGGAAGAUUGCUAGCAUCUUAUGGACGCACAGAGGCGGCUCAUAUCUGUUAUAUCUUUUCGCGCUCCGCCGUCUUCGGUGGCCCGGACGACGCGCAAGCCAAUGUGGUGCUUCUUGGGGCCGACCCUCGGUCCUCGCCUUCAUCUAUGCUAGAUGAGGAUGCGAUCCUUCUCACUGAGGCAUACGAGUAUGCUAUAUCUGUUCUUGGAAACUCUCCAAUGUCCAACAUGCCCCACCUCUUGUCCUUCAAACUCCUGAAUGCCAAGUGUCUCGUUGAUCGAGGUCGUAACUCAGAGGCACAAGCCUACUGCGAUGCAGUUGCAUCGGCACUGAAAGCAACGACGCGUCCUUCUCCUUAUUACCACCAAAAUCUCUUCGCAGAGGUCGAAGAGCUGAGUGCAAGAUUGCGUCAGACAACUACCGACAAUGGCUCGUGGAUUUCUCGACCUAGUAUGGAAAAAGUGUCAGGCUCUAUGUGGGCUCGGUUCAAUAGCUUUGUGGCAGGUGAUGAAAGUGAUGCUGCGUCAACUGGAUCUGGAAAGGGCGAACAAGGCGAAAUCGGUCCCUUCGCAAAUGUUGCCGGGACCCCGACCAUCAGUCGCUCCCCGUCAGUGUCGGACAUUUACGGUUCUUACCCUGGACCCGCUACCGGAGGACACCCAAUCCCCUCGAGCGGUGCUUCUAAGUACCAUCCAUCCACCCAAUAUGCGCCAAAUGGUUCCCCUGAACAAUUCAAGGGUCGCUCCUCAAUGGAUUCCCAGCGAUCAAACCCCUACUUCCCUCCUGCUGGUCGCCGCAGCUCCCAGGAACUAUCCCCGUCACUUGAUGGACAGAUGUCCUACGGAGGCCCAAUUUACGGAUCGCCAAAUGCUUCCGGGUCGGGCUAUCAACCCACCCUGCCAUCGUCCUCCUACGUGCCUCUUGCCCCCGUGGAAGAGGCUUUAUCUCCAGCCGAAGGGCCUGUGGCUGCGCAGCCCAGGAUCAAUGGUCUUUUCUACCAGCCCCAAGGACAGCCCACUGCGGCUACCGAGUCUCCUUAUUACCAGGGGCCGCCCGGUAUGCCGGCCGGUGGGCAAUCAUCUGGGUCCCCUUACGCGCCUCCGAUCGCGAACUCUCCCUAUGAUCCGAUCAGCACUGGCCCUACUUACGAACCAGCUGGGGCCAGCUCUUAUGAACCGAUCGGUGGUAGCUCUUAUGAGCCCGUCAGCGCGGAUAUCGACGUGAAUGGUGCCGAUCGACAGGAAGACACCGAGUCUAUCGAAAAUGAGCAACCCAAGAAAAAAUCGAUUAUGGACGACGACGACGAUGAUCUUGCUGCCCGGGCGGCGGCUAUCCAGAAGGCAGAGAAUGACCGUCUGGCAAAGGAGGCAUUUGCCAAGGCAGCCGAAGAAGAUGCUAAACGAGGUUCUCAAGGUGGGAAGAAGGGUUGGUUUGGUGGCUGGUUCGGCGGAGGCAAGAAAGAAGAGAACAACACAGGGGGCGGUCCUAUUAAAGCCAAGCUGGGCGAGGAGAGCUCGUUCUACUAUGAUAAGGAUCUGAAGAAAUGGGUCAACAAAAAAGACCCUGGUAGCGCCGCGCCAGUCCGUGCCACACCACCACCUCCUCGAGGCUCUGCACCUCCCAGUCGAACCGCUAGCUCAAGCAGCAUUCCACCUAACGGGGCGCCCCCAGUGCCUUCACUGCCCCCUAUGUCGGCCUCUGGGAGCCGACCUCCCUCUUCAUCUAGCGCCGCGCCUCUUUCCUCUAGCCCAGGCAUGUCUGGACUUGCGGUACCACCUCUUCCGCGGUCCGUCUCUACGGGUGCAUCUAUGCCGACGCCACCCGGUAGUUCUAGCGGACCGCCGCCGCGUCCCUCGUCGUCCUUGACUCACGCCAGUUCCAUUGAUGAUUUAAUUGGUGCACCAACGGCUCGCAAGGGCAACACCGUUCGUGGCAAGAAGAAGGGUCGUUAUGUCGACGUGAUGGCCCAAUGA